UUUGUUAAUGAAUUGUUUGAAUUGAACGUUACAGGGGAUGAUGGUUCUAUGGCUAACGGCGAUGUUACCACAAGUGAAGCCAUCACCGUGUGUAGUAUCUACCGUAACCAAGUGCAGUUCUACGGCAGCGACAUCUUCUCAGUUGGCUCUUUUGUAUUUCGCGUUUGCACUUAGAUCGAUUGGAUCUCGUGGAAUCAGGCCGUGUUCUCUAGCCUUUGGUGCUGAUCAAUUAGACAACAAAGAGAAUCCCAAGUACGAGAGUGUUCUUGAGAGUUUCUUUGGUUGGUACUACGCUUCUUCAUCGGUUGCUGUCUUGAUCGCUUUCACUGUCAUUGUUUACAUUCAAGAUCAUUUGAGAUGGCGAAUAGGGUUUGGAGUCCCAGCGAUUCUCAUGCUACCCGCGGGUAUCUUGUUUGUUUUGGCGUCUCCUCUCUAUGUUAAACGCAAUGCGACCGAGAGUUUGUUCACUGGUUUGGCUCAAGUAGCUGUUGCAGCUUACGUGAACAGGAAGUUAAUGUUACCGGGUCAGAAUGACUCAUAUGGCUGUUAUUACCACCUGAACGAUUCUGAACUUAAAGCUCCAAGUGACAAAUUGAGGUUUUUGAAUAAAGCUUGUGUAUCAAGCAACCAAGAGGAAGACAUUGGUGCUGAUGGUUUGGCCUUAAACCCAUGGAGGGUAUGCACAACUGACCAAGUUGAGGAACUCAAGGCUUUGGUCAAGGUGAUACCGGUAUGGUCCACGGGGAUAAUGAUGUCUAUAAACGUGAGCCAGAACUCGUUUCAGUUGCUUCAAGCUAACUCAAUGGAUAGACGUUUGAGCGACCAUUCAACCUUCAAAAUCCCACCUGGAUCUUUUGGCAUGUUCACAAUCAUAGCCCUAAUAGCAUGGGUGGUUCUCUACGACCGUGCAAUCCUCCCAUUAGCUUCCAAGAUCCGAGGCAAACCGGUUAGAAUCAAUGUCAAGAUCAGAAUGGGGUUAGGUCUAUUCAUAUCCUUCCUAGCAAUGGCGGUUUCCGCAACUGUCGAGCAUUACAGAAGGAGAACCGCAAUAAGCCAAGGACUUGCAAACAACGCCAACGGGAUAGUGAACAUCUCAGCGAUGUGGCUCGUACCGCAGUAUGUGCUUCACGGUUUGGCAGAGGCCUUAACCGGGAUAGGACAGACGGAGUUUUUCUAUACCGAGUUUCCUAAAAGCAUGUCUAGCAUUGUGGCUGCCUUGUUUGGUCUAGGAAUGGCAGUGGCUAAUAUAUUGGCUAGUGUGAUCCUCAAUGUGGUCAAGAAUAGCUCAAAGAAGGGUGGAGAGAGCUGGAUUGAAGAUAAUAUCAACAAGGGUCAUUAUGAUUAUUACUAUUGGGUUUUAGCCAUCUUGAGCUUCGUUAAUGUCAUUUAUUACAUAGUGUGUAGCUGGUCGUAUGGUCCCGCGAUGGACCAGUUGAGGAAUGAUAAGGUUAAUGGUGUGAGAGGAGAAGAACAAGAAGAAGCUGUUAAAUUAAACUAA